GCGAUAGAAAGAGGAGGCGGGGGGAGUAUCGGCAGCGCGCAGAGGGCCGGGCCCCGCCGGUGGGAGCGGAGGGCGCUGAGCAUGGCUUUGGAUUUCCUCGCGGGAUGCGUCGGCGGUGCUGCCGGAGUGCUGGUGGGACACCCCUUCGACACUGUUAAGGUUCGUCUACAAGUUCAAAAUGUAGAGAAACCUCUCUACCGUGGGACCUUCCAUUGCUUUCAGUCCAUCAUAAAGCAAGAAUCUGCUUUUGGACUCUAUAAAGGCAUUGGGUCACCAAUGAUGGGACUUACCUUCAUUAAUGCAGUCGUGUUCGGUGUGCAGGGAAACACGCUGCGUGCCCUCGGCAAAGACACUCCUCUGAACCAUUUCCUCGCAGGCUCAGCAGCUGGAGCCAUCCAGUGCAUCAUCUGCUGCCCCAUGGAGCUGGCAAAGACAAGGAUGCAGCUUCAGGGAACUGGUGAAUACAAACAAAAAACAAAGAACUACAAAAAUUCUCUGGAUUGUUUGAUCAAAAUCUACCGAAAGGAAGGGCUGAGGGGCAUCAACAGAGGCAUGGUCUCUACAGUCAUAAGAGAGACUCCAAGCUUUGGCUUUUACUUCCUGACCUACGACUGCAUGACCAGAUACUUGGGCUGUGAAGCUGAAGACAGUUACGUUAUUCCCAAACUGCUGUUUUCUGGGGGGAUGUCAGGGAUUGUGUCCUGGCUCUCCACCUACCCUGUGGAUGUGAUCAAGUCCCGGCUGCAGGCAGAUGGUGUUGGAGGUGUAACGCAGUACAAGGGCAUCCUGGACUGCAUCAGGAAGAGCUACCAGGAGGAAGGCUGGAGGGUGUUCACGAGAGGCCUCACUUCUACUCUUCUCCGAGCUUUUCCUGUCAAUGCAGCUACUUUUGCUACUGUCACUGUGUUCCUAAUGUACAUGAGGUCAGAAAAUGACCUUCGUGAAUGUGAUCCAGGCCCGGUAAUCCAGCAGCCUUCUAGUCUGUGAGCAGUGUGUGCUUCCAACCUCGAUCUGAAACCCAGCUGUCUUCUUAUUGUAAACAGCUGAUCCACAGAAGUGGUGUAAAUGUAUGCUACCUGUAUAAAGAACUAGAUGCAUCAAAUUAAGAUUUCAUCCCAUUACUUGUAUAAAUAGCACAUGACUUUAUAAAAGGCUUCAUAACCAAUAGUAUCCAAGUAAGAUGGGGACCUGCCUUUAGAAAGUACUGUACUGCUGGGGCUCCAGAAGAGGAUCUGGAGAAUGUCAGAGUACCAGAAAUCAGGUUUUAACCCAUGUUCUGAAUGACUGAGUUGAAUGGAUGCAGAAGUGUGUUCAGAAAAUAAAUGCUUUUUGUAUGUAGCAGGAGCACAUAUAGUCCUCCAAGGUAAAGUAGGGAAUGCUGGAAGCAUUUUGCAGGUAACCCUGAACUGUGUAAGACAUGGAUUAACGCUCAGCCUCAUGUUUUACUUUUCCUCUGCUUGUAAGUGUCAGUGGUUUUAGUAGCAACAUUAUUCACACUGGUUUGCUUAAAAAGAAGAACAAAUUGUUUCCAAGCUACUCUCUUACCUUUCAGAUUAAACACCUCAAGCACAAAGUUAGCAUUUGCACUUGUAUUUACUUCUUCCUUUAAAUUUCAAGGCUAGUACGGAUUAAAGGAAAGUCAAGGCUAGCAAGACUGAUGUCUGCCUUCACCUCUACUUCUUGUUUGGUGGUGCACAGUGUGUGGGGGGUGGUUUUAGGCUGUGUAAGCUUUGUUCUGAGUUAAUGCAACUUUGUGCCACUUCCCCAAGGUGCAACGUAGCAGCCAGUGAUGUACAGAAGUCCUACCUGUGUUAUUGCACAAAACAUUAGUGGGUGUAGUGAUAGCAUAGCAGCUUGAAGUACCGUGGAAAUACGCACAUCUUUAGGUCUGAAAGUUUUAUGCCUUCCCAGAAAAUAAGGGGUGUAAGCGUAAUGGUUUGUGUUGAAUGCACUUGCAUUGUGAAUUUAAACAAUACCAAUUUCUGUGUAUUUAGUUACAGCACUACUGAAAAGACUAAAAAAGGGGUUUGGAGAAUUUUCUGGUUACGUGAAUCUGCUGUGUUUUAUUUUUAUCUUUUUAGCAGUCUGUUCAAGAGGUCAGAGCUUUAAAAUGCAUUUCAACAUCUGGAAGAAGAACCGCAUGUAUUGGGCACCGACAGCCAGGAGAAAGAAGGGAGUGCAUGAUUGUUGGGGAAUGUUCAUUAACAUAGCAAGCUACUUCAGUAAAUCUGUUACAUUUUCAGUUGGGACAAGUGCAAUAUGUGUUUAAUUUAUAUGGAUUUUGAUAAAGAAACCUUGUUUCAUAGCAUUUUGCACUGUAACAACAUAUGCUGGGGAAACCUGUAAAACUGAUAUGUGUUUUUAUACCUUGAAGGUAUGUUGGAUGUUUUAGUGCCUACUUGCACUGAGAUUCAAAUUGAAUGUUAAAUCUGUCUACUAAGCUGCACAUGCACAACUCACAGCAAAGACCAUUUACACCUUUGUACAGUAGUCUGUAAUUACUGUAUAUAAAACCGAGGGAAUAAAUUGUUUUUUAAAGAUAUUGA